AUGACAGAACAACAGAAACGGUCAGUUCAGACUGUUGCCAUUGACCAGACGGAGACGGCAUCGGAAACGGACGAGGCCUACAGCUCUGAACUACAAAGCUACGCCACCUCUCUCAGCUCCAGCAUCCAGAAUUACAACUGGGAGCAUGGAAGGCGAUUCCACUCCUACAGGGAGGGCAGCUACAAAUUCCCCAACGACGAACGCGAGCAAGAACGCAUGAAUAUGGUCCACCACAUGUUCAAGCUGGUGCUGGGUGGGAAGCUGUUUCUGGCUCCGAUUCAGCCUGGUCCGCUUCGGGUCUUGGAUAUAGGGACUGGGACGGGGAUUUGGGCUAUUGAUUUGGCGGACCAAUUUCCUUCUGCGGAAUUGGUUCUAGGGAACGAUCUCAGUCCUAUACAGCCAACAUGGGUCCCCCCAAAUGUAGUCUUCGAAGUUGACGACGUCGAAAGCGACUGGCCCUCUCGCAAGGCCUUCGACUUCAUCCAUUCCCGGUACAUGUGCGGUUCGAUCGUCGACUGGCCAAGACUCUUCAAACAGGCCUAUAAACAAACCAAAAAAGGCGGCUGGAUCGAAUUCCAAGACUUCCACCUAGUCAACUACUCGGAAGACAACACCCUCGACGAAAACAGCAGCGUCAUCCGCCUCUACAAGCUCCUCGAGGAAGCAUGUCGGAAGAUGGGCCGUCCCAAUACCGUCGGUGUGCAUCUGAAGCAAUGGGCGCAGGAGGCUGGGUUCAAGAAUAUCCAUCAUGAGGUCUUCAAGUUGCCAUUGGGUCUGUGGCCGAUGGAUCCUAUUAUGAAAGAAAUAGGGGCCUUUAAUCUUCUCCAGUUCCUGGAUGGUCUAGAAGCUUUCACUAUAUCCACCUUCACCAAUGUUCUUGGUUGGAGUGUUCCUGAAGUUCAACUGUUCCUCUCCCAGGUUCGGAAUGAUGCGAAGAAGAGAGGAUCGCAUAUAAUGCAUGACUUUCAUGUCGUCUACGCGCAGAGACUGGAUUAG